AUGGCAAGCAACCAGGACAUUCCCGACGUAUUGGUAAUCGGCGCCGGAGCCUCCGGUGCGGCUCUUGUCUGGAGCCUGGCGGAGGCCGGCAUCAACGUGCUGUGCCUGGAGCAGGGCGACUGGGUGGCCCGCGACGCCUUCCCGGCGACCAACGCCGACAGCCAGCUGCAUUGGCAGACAGACUUCCACCCUGACCCCAGCGUGCGGAAGCUACCCCAGGACUACCCGGUAAACAGCGACGCCUCCCCGAUUGCGCCCUACAUGUACAACGCGGUUGGUGGUAGCACCGUCCACUACGGCUCCCACUACCCGCGCUUCCAUCCCUCCGACUUCCGCGUGCGGAGCCUCGACGGUGUGGCCGACGACUGGCCGCUGACCUAUGACGAGCUUGAGCCGUACUUCGACCUGAACGACCGGAUCAUGGGCGUCUCCGGUCUCCGAGGCGACCCUGCCUACCCGCCCAAGCCCGAACGGCCCUCCCCGCCGCUGUCCAUCCGGCCCGGCGGCCGGGUUCUGGCCAAGGGAUUCGAUAAGCUGGGCUGGCACUGGUGGGCCGCCGACACCGCCAUCUCGUCGGUGGAGUAUGACGGCCGCGAGCCGGACUCCGGCGGCUACCUGCGCUCUCUCGCCAGUACCGACCUGACCUACUGGCCUCGCGCCCUAGAGCUUGGCGCCCAGUUGAAGACCAACGCCCGCGUCCGCGAAAUCCUGGUUGACAGCUCCGGCAAGGCCACCGGCGUCCUGUACUACGAUGCCGACGGCAACCUGGUCGAGCAGAAGGCCAAGUCGGUGGUGAUGGCCUGCAACGGCAUCGGCACUCCGCGCCUGCUGCUCAACUCCACCUCGCCCCUGUUCCCCGAAGGACUGGCCAACAGCAGCGGCCUCGUCGGCAAAUGCCUGAUGCACCAUCCCGCAGGCGUCGUGGUCGGCGUCUUCGACGAGUGGCUUGGCACCGAGGACGGCUUCCCCCGCGGCAGCACCAUGCUCAGCCAGGAGUUCUACGAGACCGAUACCAGCCGGGGUUUCGUGCGUGGCUACGACCUGCAGAUCCUGGCCCUCGGCGGCUCGCCGCUGCCCACCGCCCUCGGCGGUCUGCUGGGAGAGCGCAUCCCGUGGGGCGAGGGACACCACCAGGCCUUCGACGAGCGCUUCGGCCACACCGUAGGCAUAACCAUCAUGACCGAGGACUUGCCCGAGGAGCAUAACCUGAUCUCUCUCGACCCCAACGAGACCGACAGCAACGGCAUCCCGGCCCGUAAAGGUGGAGUACACCCAGCCGGCGCCAAGCAGAUCCUCACCUCCCGCCUGCGCCGCAACGCCGGCUGGCACCUGCUGGGAACGGCCCGCAUGGGCACCGACCCCGGCAACUCGGUGGUCGAUCGCUGGGGCCGCUGCCACGACGUUCCCAACAUGUUCAUAGUCGAUGGCAGCAUCUUCACCACCAGCGCCUGCAUCAACCCCACGUCGACCAUCCAGGCACUGGCCCUCCGCACCGCCGACUACCUGAAGGGCGAAGGCCGCGACUCUAUCAGGUAA